UGUUUCCGCAGCUCGCGGAGCUCCGCGAGCGGCUCUGAGGGCGGCGCGGCAUACCUCAGAGAUACUGUGGGUUCAGUUCCAGGCCACCACAAUAAAGUCUCCUGAAUGCCCGAGCAUGGAGCCAGUAGCUGCCCACAGCUGCCACCUCCUCCAGCAGCUGCACGAGCAGCGGAUUCAAGGCCUGCUUUGUGACUGUAUGUUGGUGGUGAAAGGUGUCUGCUUUAAAGCACAUAAGAAUGUCCUUGCAGCGUUCAGUCAGUAUUUUAGGAGCCUCUUCCAGAAUUCUUCAGGCCAGAAGAAUGAUGUUUUUCACUUGGAUAUUAAAAACGUUAGUGGCAUCGGGCAGAUCUUGGACUUCAUGUACACAUCUCAGCUAGACCUUAACCAGGACAAUGUACAAGUGAUGCUGGACAUAGCACAGUGUUUGCAAGUUCAAAACGUUCUGAAUCUGUGUCACACGUUUUUAAAAUCAACCACCGUGGAGCCACCAGCUGGCAUGCCUUGUAGUAGUGCAUUCUCCCUGCAGAGCGCCCUGACUCCUGACACCAGCUGUGUCAUCAGUGAGAACUACUCUCCUCAUUUGCUGCAAGAGUGUUCGGCAGAUGUUCGGCACAGUAAGGUCGCAGACGAGCCGCCCUCCCAGGCUCCACCGUCAGUUCAUCUUCAUCACCCUGCAGGUGACACGUCGAAACAAGCCUCUGAUACUUUAGACAGCAGCUGCACAGAACUGCCAUUCAAACAGCCAAAUUACUACUACAAACUCAGAAACUUGUACAGCAAGCAGUACUAUAAACAAGCCACUUGUCCCAGUCACGAGAGACUAAUCGGGCAGCCUUUCACUGUCAGCCCGUCCGCAGACCUGACUGCUGCCGUGGAGAACCAGCCCUGUGCUGUCACUCAUUCCGAGUGCACCCUGCAGUCCUCAGAGCACCUGCCUCCCAACUUCCUGGCCCAGCCUCUGAGUGAGCCUGCCCCAGACCCCGAGUCAGACAGCACGUGCCAACAACCUACCAGACAGAUGAGGCUCAAAAAGGCCAUUCACCUGAAGAAGCUCAAUUUCCUGAAGUCACAGAAAUCUGCAGAGCAAACUUCUGAACCCAAGCCAGAUGAGGGUGUAACAAAGAGGAUCGACUCUGCUAGUGAAAACACGACAGAGAGAGCCAGCGGUCAAAGCGCGGAAGAGAAGGAAGGUGACGAACUCGUCAGCUCUGCCGGUUUUAACUGCAGUACUGACACGGAGAGGCCGGAAGAGCUCGGGGCCCCAGAAGACCCGGCCCAGGAGCCCCAGUCCCAGAGGCAGCAUGCAUGUGAGCUGUGUGGGAAACCUUUCAAACACCCCAGCAACCUGGAGCUUCACAGACGGUCGCAUACAGGUGAGAAACCUUUUGAAUGUAACAUUUGUGGGAAACAUUUCUCUCAGGCAGGUAACUUGCAGACUCACUUACGUCGGCAUUCUGGUGAAAAGCCGUACAUCUGCGAAGUCUGUGGAAAGAGGUUUGCAGCCUCGGGUGAUGUCCAGCGUCACAUCGUUAUUCACUCGGGAGAGAAGCCACACUUGUGUGACAUCUGUGGCCGAGGGUUCAGUAACUUCAGUAAUUUGAAGGAGCACAAGAAGACACACACGGCUGAUAAAGUGUUCACCUGCGAUGAAUGUGGGAAGUCUUUCAACAUGCAAAGGAAGUUGGUAAAGCACCGAAUCCGGCACACGGGGGAGCGGCCCUACAGCUGUUCGGCCUGCGGGAAAUGUUUCGGGGGAUCCGGUGACCUCCGCAGGCACGUGCGCACUCACACGGGGGAGAAGCCGUACACGUGUGAGAUCUGCGACAAGUGCUUCACCCGCUCGGCCGUGCUGCGGCGGCACCGGCGGAUGCACUGCCGGGCGGCGGACGAGGGCCAGGACGCGCUGCGGGGCCUCGCCCAGGCCAUGGGGACCGCCGACCUGGACCAGGCUCCGGGCUCGGACUCGUUUUCCCAAGAUGUGUCCGUGACUCUGAUGCCCGUGGCCGUUAAGCUCCCCGUCCACUCGGUGGAAGCGUCAGUGACAGAAUUUGACGACCACUCGGCCGGCACCUACUGUAAGUUCCCGUCCACGGCUCAGCCUCAUGGAGUCAGCGAGCAGGAGAAGCUCAGCGUGGAUCCCGGCAAACUCCCCAAGGCCCCUGGGCAGCACGCGCAGCACCAGGCCUUCGCCUACGCGGCCGACGACGCCUCCCCCAGCAACGGCCCGCUGCCGGCGGAUGGCCUGGCCACCGUCCGCUCGUCUCUGGCCACUUUGGACAAUCACUGUGGUGACCCCCUGGGCAGCCGGGUGGCAGCCACAGCCUACAGGAACUCCGAAGGUCAGUUUUUCUCCAGCAUGACUCUGUGGGGGCUGGCGAUGAAGACGCUGCAGAACGAGAACGAGCUGGACCAGUGAUGGGACCCCAGCGCCCCUCAGAGCAAGGCUGCCUCUGCGCCCAGCAGCCCGCCGUUCCCCGGUGCCAUCUCGCCAGCCUAGCGCCCUGGGACGUCAGCGCCUGGCACCCGGCAGCUGGAGGCCUCUGAGCUCUGGGAGGAGAGGCCUGCCUGCGGGCUCACCGGGGGGCCGGCGCCAGAGUGGGCGC